AUGACCGGAAUACUGAAAAACAAUGGAAACUCUAAUUACGUACCAGUAAUCAUGAUGCCCAUUUACUCGGCGGAUCAAUGCCCAUUUGAUUUAGAAUGUGAAGUACAAAAAUUUCAAGAAUCAGAAAGUAAACCAGUAAAGAAAAUCAAAGCAAAGGAACAAGAGAAACAAUCUGAAAAAGAGAAAGAAAAAAAGAAAAUGAAAAAACGAGCUUUUGUUUUA